AUUCGAUUUUGACGCAGAAACAGGAUCAGGUGGUAAAAACAAAAGAGAAAGCAAGGCAACGGGACAAACAUUUGAGUAUCUCUACUCCACAUCAUUUGAUGAAGUAGUAUAUAGCCCUUUAAGUAAAGAAUCAACGACAACUACAUACACGACAAGAGUAAACAAGUCAGAUCCUAGGCCUAUUGCCGCCUUGCACUUACAUUAUAGACCUGAGAAAUGGAUUUUAGAUCAAGGCUUUAGCGAUGUUUAUGAAGAGGAAAAUGUAUUCGAGGGUAUUGAAUAUAGCGAACUUUUUGAAACUGAAAGUGAUAAAAUGAUACAAGACAUUGAAAUGAGAUUAGAGGAUGAAGUAGCUAGUGCAGCCAGUUCUACAAACGUUGGCAUUUCUAGAAACUUCGAUUCCUCAGAAGUCAGUGUUGACAAUAAUUCUAAUCCGAACAUAAAUGAAAGCAUAAAAGGCGAUUCAAAUAAAUCUUACAAAAACUCUUUUAAAUCCUCUUCCAAGUUUCAUAAAAAGACUAAUAACAGCGACUCGAUAAACACGGUAAAAUAUUCCCCCCAGUCAACUAUAAUAGUCACAGCUACCUCCACUACAUGUGACACAUUCGAUUUAUCGGAUGGAAAUAAGGCAAUGGCCGAUUCAUUGAAUUUCGAUGAUGAAUAUCUGUAUUAUAUAAUGAAAUCCACAGUUGAAGAGGGUACAAAUAUCCCAAGCAAUUGCAAUGUUGAGUCAUCCAAAGAUAAAGAAAUUUUGCACAGUGAACUCGAAGAGGGAGAAAUUCCAGAAAAUUACGAUACAGAGUCAUCUGAGCUGGAGGAGGGAGAGAUUCCAAGAAAUUAUGAUGUCGAGUCAUCUAGCAACGAUAAUUACAGAGUAGACAAAAAAGCGAUGAAAGAUAGAAAUGAAAAUCUAGGGGAAAGUUGUAGGAAAAGAAACAAAAGAGAUGAUGAUGCUAUUGAUUUGAAUUCAUCUGGCAAAACUUGUGAUGAAUUGAACGAUGGUGAUAGAAGCGUCAAACGAAGCCGAAACAGCGGCGGAAGAAUAGAUGAAGAGAUGAAAGAAUGUGACGUAUUAGAUGAUUUUUUUACGAAGGCACCUAUAAAAAAAGUUGGUUACAAUAAUUACACAAAAGGGAACAGGAAUAGAAAAUUGCAGCCUCAAAUUAUUUCCAAUGGCGACGAAUGCAAUGAGAAGGAAAGAUCAAUUCCCGAAAGUAGUAGACAGUUUAUUCAAAUGGACAACAAAAGUAAAAAGCCAAGUGUGGGGGUCGCAGAGAUACCACAUGGUAGCAAACAAAAUCUUUCACGGAAUUCCCCCCCACAAAAAGAAGCGAAUGCCAAUUGUUUCGACAGUGGAGUUGAAGAGACAACACAUGAUAAAAAACCGAUUCCGAAUAAUCUUUGGAAACUACUUUCACGAAAAAAAUUUGAGGCCAGAGCCACAGAAAUAUCACGAUAUAACCAUUCACAAUCACAGGUCACAGAAACAUUCGAGGAUAAUUAUGAAGUACAAAAUGGUUAUCCGAGGAACAAUCAGAGCAUGCGUUUUAAUGUUGAUUCUCCGAAAAGUUGCACUUUAGACCUUAGUAGCCUAAGUGAUAAAAUCGGUUAUUAUACAAUAAAGAAACGAAAACAUGUGGUUGAUAAAAUGGAUGUGACGGACAUUUCAAAUAGAGAAGAAAGGUGUGUGAAAAAAGAGCAUGAAAUAAAGGUGAAGAAAGAAUUUGGCAUCGAAGAGAGAUCAAGCACUACUAAGAAGAUGAAUGAGGAUCCUGGAAAUAAAAGAGAAGAAAAUCCAAAGCGCCGAAAGUUUUACGCUAUUGUUUCAGGAGAUAUAAGUGACUCUUUCUUAGGUUAG